AUGAAUGACAAUCAAAUCAUUGCUGGAGGGAAGAAACUCUUUCAAGAAUUUUAUAAUAUUCCUGAAGGAGUUAACCCAGAAACCAGACAGAAAUAUGUGAAUGAAGCCAUUGAUUCUUAUGAAGGAUUUGACAUCGCGAAAGAAUCAGAAGCUCUAUGCAGAAAGUUUAAAGUAAAUAUUGACUAUUAUUACUGUUCUCCUCAGGAAAAAGAAGAUAUAAAUGUCGAAGAUGUAGAUUUUGAAUUAGUUGAAGGUUACAUCGUUGAUCCGAACUACAAAACUCUCAACUUCUUGCUUACAAAGAACAAAGACGGGCAGCUACACACAGAUGCAAUAACAGAUGUAGAGAGAUUAGUAGGAUUUAGAGUUUGUCCUUACUGCAAAGAAGAAGUUUACAGUCUAGUUGAUGAUCCAGAUAGAAAGAACCAAUCAAGAUUUUAUAAACAUUGUGAGAAGUGCAAGAUGAACGGUGGUAAGUUAAUUCAAGAUGUAUAG